AUGGAUGAACACUCGAUAAAGAAAUCUCUGUUGAGUACUUCUGCCGAUGAGAAAAGGCUAUAUAGGACACGCAUAUUGAAGUUCAGAAAAUCACAUACACUUUAUGUUCUGCUGCUUGCGUCAUUGGCUAUUCUACAGUUCAUUGCGAUCGCGUUUUUCACAAGAGGUUUCCUAUUGACUAGACAGGUGCUGGAUAACGUAGCCGUCAAGGAUACAGAGUAUGGGAAAUUUGAUAAAGCCGUCGUACUUGUUGUGGAUGCACUGAGGUUUGAUUUUGUUAUACCAGUAAAUGAAAAUGACCCAAAAUUCAAUUCCUAUUAUCAUAAUAACCUCGAUUUUUUAUAUAACAGUUUCUGGGACCAAAAAAGCGGGUCCUCGUUGUUAUUGAAAUUUAUUGCUGACCCACCAACAACUACACUACAGAGACUCAAAGGGCUCACUACUGGUAGUCUCCCCACAUUUAUAGAUGCCGGCUCUAACUUUGAUGGUAGUGUCAUCGAAGAAGAUAAUGUCAUAAAACAGCUUUAUGAGCAAGGCAAGAAGAUUUUUUUUGUUGGCGAUGAUACUUGGGAUAACUUGUUUGCUCCAUUUCUGGCUCCAGAGAGUGAACCAUUUGAGUCGCUGAACGUAUGGGAUCUUGAUACUGUGGACAACGGUGUCAUGUCUUACUUCGAGAAACAUCUACUAGGCUGCGAAAAGGGACAAAGAAAGGAAUGGGACCUGCUUAUCGGGCACAUGCUAGGUGUUGAUCACGUCGGUCAUAAAUAUGGUCCAAACCACUUCACGAUGCGUGAGAAAUUAUUGCAAGUCAAUAACUUUGUCAAGGAAAUAGUUUCGGCCCUGGAUGAUGAUACACUGCUGGUGAUUAUGGGGGAUCACGGUAUGGAUCACACCGGUAAUCACGGAGGUGACUCCAAAGAUGAACUUGAGAGUGUUCUUUUUAUGUAUGCCAACACUCCAGGUCUUUUUGGCAACAAAGAAGAUAGCACCACCGCAUAUGAUAUAGCUAAUUUAGGUGAGAAGUAUAGACAAGUCAACCAAAUUGAUCUCGUUCCUUCAAUCUCGUUACUGCUAGGGUCUCCCAUACCUUUCAACAGUUUGGGAUGGCCUAUUGAUGAAAUUUCUAAUACAGAGAAAGAAAGGAACCUUUACUCUUUUUUAACUCUAAAUCAAUUAUCUCAGUAUAGGAAUGAGUCUCAUAUGGUGAUUCAACCAGAAAGAAAUGAUGUUUUGCAACAGCUAUGGGAUGAUGCUAUGGAGGAUCCUUCUUCAGGAAUAAGGUACCAAGUGGAAUUUUUGGAAAUAUGUAAGGAUUUAUGGACACGGUUUGAUUUUUGGAGUAUUAACACUGGCAUUAUACUACUGUCAAUAUCUCUAAUUCUUUUACUGGAUAUCACAAAACUGAUACCGUCAAUUGUUGUCAGUCAAAUGGUCCCCGAGUUUGUCCCCUGGAUUGUAAUGAUGUCCUUGGUAUCAAACGCAUGCUUUCAUGGUAUCUUCUAUGUUUUUCGUCAGCCAGCAUUCCUAGAGGAUACGCUCUGGUGUUCACUUCUCGCAACUUCGGUGGGAAUAACUGUCGGUUGCUGCAUUCCAAUUCUAGAUCGUUAUAGUGUAAAAUGGAUUUUUAUUAGAUUUCUGGAGGAUCUAUCUGAUUAUUGGUCCAGAAUAGGUGCAAUGCUAUUGACUAUCCAUGCACUAUUGUUCACAUCUAAUUCAUUCACUAUAUGGGAGGAUAAAAUUGUAAGUUUUCUCCUUAUCACAUUGGGAAUGUUGACUCUUUACGAAUUCGUAUUUCUCCCAAGAAGACAUUCCACUACUGCUUUACUAACUGCUACGAUCAGUGAAAAGCAAGGGAUAGCCUCCGGAGCAAGUAAGGGUACUGCAAAUUCCGACUCCUUACCUCUGACAAGGUUUGCUCGUCUUUUAGGAGUUUACCAUUCCGUUGUGCUUAUAGUGUGCACUAGAAUAGCCUCCACAAUUACUAUAUGUAGGGAGGAGCAAGGUGAGUUUUGCAUACCAAGCUUCACGAAUAAAACAAAUUAUUCAUGGUGGUGCUUGGGACUGUGUUUGGUGAUAGUUGGUUUACUUCCAGCAUGCAUUAAGGGUUAUUAUAAUUUAUCACUGUCAUACCAGGCAGCUGCCCCUAUAUGGGUGGACAUAUUUUUGAAAGGUCUCCUUUUCACAAAUUUCAUUUACUGGUCAGUAACCGCUCUAGAAAAUACUGUAGCGGAUUGGUCAUGGAACGCUACGAUAUUCAAGUUUACGCUUGCACGAAUUAUAGCAGGGUUCGCACUUAUUGCAUCAAACAUCGGUUGGAUGAUGGGUCCACUUUGUGUGAAACUCAAUGUUCAUAAUACGGAUACGAAGUCCCAUCAGGCGACAAUUUUAGGCUAUGGGAAUGCGUAUGGGGCACAAUAUUUUCUCUUGGUUAUCAAUGCCUUCAUGUGCAUAUUCCUUUUCAACAAGCCUUUGGCCCAAAUCUCACUUUACUUGAUGGUCAACCAGCUGCUAUCCAUUAUAGAAAUUAUUGAUCUCUUGAAGCUCAAGGAAAAUAUAGUUGGCCCAUUUGCACUAGGACUUUUAGCAUAUUUGCAGUUUUUCACGACAGGUCACCAGGCAACUAUUCCAUCAGUGCAAUGGGACGUUGGGUUUAUUCUUUCGGGGAAAAUCACAUUUCCAUUGACGCACUUGGCUGUUAUUCUCAAUACGUUUGGUCCACAUAUAAUAGUAGCCCUUUCAGUGGCCCUAUUAACGCUAUGGAAGCAGCAACCAGAUGUACUUAAGCCUCAAACACUUUUGGGUCGCAUCGUCUCGAAUUGUGGCAUGUUAUUGGUUUACAACACUGUCCUCUGCCUAAGUUCGUUCAUAUGGGUAGCAUACUUCCGUCGGCAUUUGAUGGUUUGGAAGAUCUUUUGCCCGAGGUACCUAUUUGCGGCUAUGAGCCUAAUUGCCAUACAGAUUGUGGUUACCUUUGGAACAAUUGCAUUUGCAAGCGGGCGGCUGAUAAGGCAAAUAAACGACAUUUUUUGGAAAUAG